UCUCCGCCCCCUUCCCCGCCGCAGUUUCCCUUUCCGGCCCCCAGCCCCACCCCCGGGAGGUGGGGCUAAGGUGGGAACAUGAGGCUGACGCUUGCAGCCGCUAUCUCCCAUGGCCGCGUCUACCGCCGCUUGGGCCUCGGUCCCGAGUCUCGCAUCCACCUGCUGCGGAACUUGCUCACGGGCCUAGUGCGCCACGAACGUAUCGAGGCGUCAUGGGCACGCGUGGACGAGAUGAGGGGCUACGCGGAGAAGCUUAUCGACUAUGGAAAGCUAGGAGACACCAACGAACGAGCCAUGCGCAUGGCUGACUUCUGGCUCACUGAGAAGGACUUGAUCCCAAAGCUGUUUAAAGUACUAGCACCUCGGUUCCAAGGUCAGAAUGGGAACUACACAAGAAUGCUGCAGAUCCCGAAUCGGAAGGAGCAAGAUCGGGCCAAGAUGGCAGUGAUCGAAUAUAAAGGGAACUGCCUCCCUCCCCUGCCUCUGCCUCACAGAGACAGCAACCUCACUCUCCUAAACCAGCUGCUACUGGGACUGAAGCAGGACCUGCACCAUAACCAGGAAGCAAGCCUCCACAGCUCCCACAUGGUUCAAACGCCAAAGACUUAACUGGAGCAGGAGAGUGCACGGCUCUCAUAGGUGUGUGCACAGGCCUUGGAGCUCUUAUAAUGCAUGACAACUGGAAGUGGUCGGGCAAAAUGGAGCCCAGACCUUCCUGCUGGCUCAUGGUCCUCUCUUUGCACAAUAGAUAAAAUUCGGAUGUGACUGUGUGAAA